GAGCUGUGGGUUCCUCUGGGUGUGGGGAAGCUGCCCUCCACAACCUCCUCGGCCUAUCUUGGUGCCUCCUGGAGUGCAGGACACACCUCCCAGCUCUGCAGCCUCACCCACAGGAAGCUCGGGUUGGGGGCAGGCGAAGAGGGAGGUGCCACGCUGGGCUCCCCGCCCUACACCGGCACUGACCCCGCUGUACCACGGCCCUCUCACGGACAGCCCCGGGGACAUCGCUGGGACAUCGCUGGGAACCCGGGGUCUGCAGCCACAGCCAUGUUUGGCCGGAAGCGCAGUGUCUCCUUUGGGGGCUUCGGAUGGAUCGACAAGACCAUGCUGGCAAGUCUGAAGGUCAAGAAGCAGGAGCUGGCCAACAGCUCGGAUGUGACCCUCCCAGACCGGCCGCUCUCCCCUCCUCUCACAGCACCUCCCACCAUGAAGUCGUCGGAGUUCUUUGAGAUGCUGGAGAAAAUGCAGGGGAUCAAGCUUGAAGAACAGAAGCCGGGACCCCAGAAGAACAAGGAUGACUAUAUCCCGUACCCCAGCAUCGACGAGGUUGUGGAGAAGGGAGGCCCAUACCCUCAGGUCAUCCUGCCACAGUUUGGGGGCUAUUGGAUCGAGGACCCGGAGAACGUGGGCACCCCAACAUCGCUGGGGAGCAGCAUCUGUGAGGAGGAGGAAGAGGACAACCUCAGCCCCAACACGUUCGGCUACAAGCUCGAGUGCAAGGGUGAAGCCAGGGCCUACCGGAGGCACUUCCUAGGGAAGGAUCAUCUAAACUUCUACUGUACUGGCAGCAGCCUGGGGAACUUGAUCCUGUCCGUCAAGUGCGAGGAAGCAGAGGGGAUCGAGUACCUCCGGAUCAUCCUCAGGUCCAAACUGAAGACGGUGCAUGAGCGAAUCCCCUUGGCUGGACUGAGCAAGCUUCCCAGUGUCCCUCAGAUUGCAAAGGCUUUCUGUGAUGAUGCAGUGGGACUGAGAUUCAACCCUGUCCUAUACCCCAAGGCCUCCCAAAUGAUUGUGUCCUAUGAUGAGCAUGAAGUCAACAACACAUUCAAAUUCGGAGUCAUUUAUCAAAAAGCCAGGCAGACCCUGGAGGAGGAGCUAUUUGGGAACAAUGAGGAGAGCCCGGCUUUUAAGGAGUUCUUGGACCUGCUGGGGGACACGAUCACACUGCAGGAUUUCAAAGGUUUCCGAGGAGGCCUGGAUGUGACCCACGGACAGACUGGGGUGGAAUCAGUGUACACGACAUUCCGGGACAGGGAGAUCAUGUUUCAUGUUUCCACAAAGCUGCCAUUUACCGAGGGAGACGCCCAGCAGCUCCAAAGAAAGCGACACAUUGGAAAUGACAUUGUGGCCAUCAUCUUCCAAGAGGAAAACACGCCGUUUGUCCCAGACAUGAUAGCCUCCAAUUUCUUACAUGCCUACAUCGUCGUGCAGGUCGAGACCCCAGGCACGGAGACCCCGUCCUACAAGGUCUCUGUCACUGCGCGGGAAGAUGUGCCCACCUUUGGUCCACCUCUGCCCAGCCCCCCCGUUUUCCAGAAGGGCCCGGAGUUCAGAGAGUUUCUGCUCACCAAGCUCACCAAUGCCGAGAACGCCUGCUGCAAGUCGGACAAGUUUGCAAAGCUGGAGGACCGGACCAGGGCUGCCCUCCUGGACAACCUUCACGAUGAGCUCCACGCCCACACACAGGCCAUGCUGGGACUGGGCCCAGAGGAGGACAAGUUUGAGAAUGGAGGCCACGGGGGGUUCCUGGAGUCUUUUAAGGUAUGAGCGUCAGAGUGACUGAUGGUUGCUGUGGGGUUGGGAUUGGGGAAGAAAGAAAGUGGUCCAAGGUCCAUGGGAUCCCGACCUCAGAGCCCACAGGCCAGCUAGAGGGGUGACAGGAAACGCAGGGGCAUCCCAGGUGUUUGCAAAGGCGGGGGGCUUAGGAAGUGUGUGAGGCCGGAGCAGCCAACAGUUUCUUCAGCAGCCUCCCCUUCCUUCCUUGAUCUGAGUCAUCUCCUUCGGGCCCAGGAGUCUGAUAAGCAGAGACAGGUAAAGAGGUGGCAGUCGGAGAGGAGCCGGAGCAAGCCAGGAACAUUGGCGCUUUCACCUGCCUCCUCCUGGGUUGGGGAGCCCAGGGCAGAAUGGCAGGAGCGAGGACUGCAGCCCUUACGGGUUUUCAUAGCUGCUGUGGGCACCGCAAUGACUCUUCCUAGCCAGCCGGCUGAGCAUUGGAAGACCUGCCUGGGCAGGGGCCGUGGAACUAUAGGCAAGUCCCUUCGGCCUUUACCAAGGGAAAAACUAACUAGAACAAGCUGCUAAAGGAAGCGGUGAGCUCCCCGUCCCUGGAAGUAUUCAAGUGGAGCUCGGACGGCCCCCAGCUGGCGUGCAGUAGAGAAGAUUUUUCAUCUUACGCUUGCUGAGUGCUCGUUGGUCCACACGGCAUGUAGAUCCAGCAUCUGGCUUGAGCCUGGCUGUCAGCCUGUGCAGGUGGUGGAACGGGUCUUGUUUUCACGAACACACACAGGGACAGGACGAGGGACGCCACAGGCCUGCUCAGGUCCUUACACCGACGCAGAGGUAGAGCCUCAUUUCACACGCAGGUCUUCUGAUUCUCAGGUCAGUGUUCUGCUGGACUGCCUGUUAGAAAGGGAUCUGGAAGGCUCCCAUCUGGGGGCGUUAUGUGUAGGGCUUUAUGGGGAAUGAUAUGUGGGGCCGAGGCGACACCCACCUCAAUUAAAACCUCAGCUCAGGCCGGGCGCGGUGGCUCAAGCCCGUAAUCCCAGCACUUUGGGAGGCCGAGACGGGCGGAUCACAAGGUCAGGAGAUCGAGACCAUUCUGGCUAACACGGU